ACAUACGAUUGAAGCAUCAUGUCUGUACCGUACGAGCUUCUUAACAACAGCCACAAUGGCCACAUCCCGGCGAGUGAGCGCAUACCUGUCAUUGCCAGGCCGUUUGUCAGUGACAGGGCGAAGAAGACUUUGGACAUUGUAGAGCGAUUCGUCGAAGAAGAAUGCAUCCCGGCCGACGCCGUAUACACACGCCAAAUCGGCGAGACCACACAGCAGCGCUUCUCGUCCCAUCCCUCGGUCAUCGAGGACCUGAAGAAGCGUGCUCAAGAGCUCGGACUGUGGAACAUGUUCCUGCCCAAGGCACACUUCAAAGAGGGCGCUGGCUUCAGCAAUCUCGAGUACGGUCUGAUGGCAGAGUACCUGGGCAAGAGCAGGACGGCUUCCGAGGCCACCAACUGUGCUGCUCCGGAUACGGGCAACAUGGAGGUCAUUGCCAAGUAUGGCACUGAGGCGCAGAAGAGGCAGUGGCUUGACCCGUUGCUGCAGGGCAAGAUUCGCUCGGCUUUCCUUAUGACAGAGCCGCAGGUUGCGUCUAGUGAUGCUACCAACAUCGAGAUGACUAUCAAGAGGGAUGGUGACCAUUACGUCCUGAACGGCCAGAAAUGGUGGUCCUCUGGCAUCGGUGACCCACGCUGCAAGAUCUUCAUCGUCCUCGGCAAGACCGACCCCAACAACAAGGACAAAUACAAGCAGCAAUCCGUCAUCCUCGUGCCCAACGACGUGCCCGGCGUCACCGUCCACCGUAUGCUGUCCGUCAUGGGCUUUGAUGACGCACCCCACGGUCACGGCCACGUUACCUUUGAGAACGUCCGCGUGCCCGCCAGCAACAUGGUCCUCGGCGAGGGCCGCGGUUUCGAAAUCAUCCAGGGCCGUCUCGGUCCCGGCCGCAUCCACCACGCCAUGCGCAGCAUCGGCUCUGCGGAGAAGGCGCUGGAGUGGUUCCUCGCACGCAUCAACGACGAGCGCAAGAAGCCGUUCGGCGAGCUCCUCAACAAGCACGGCAUCAUGCUCGAGCGCGUCGCACGCUCACGCAUCGAAAUCGACGCCGCACGCCUCGCGGUCCUCAACGCCGCCAUCAAAAUCGACGAAACCAACGCCAAGGGCGCGCUCAAGGAAAUCGCCGAAGUCAAGGUCCUUGUCCCCGAGGUCAAUCUCAAGGUCAUUGACUGGGCGAUUCAGGCGUAUGGUGGCGCGGGUGUCAGUCAGGACACACCCCUCGCGAACAUGUAUGCUUCGGGCAGGACGAUGAGGAUUGUUGAUGGGCCGGAUGAGGUGCAUCUUCUGCAGCUAGGGCGGAAUGAGAACAAGCGCGGGUUGGCGCAUAAGAAGAGGAUUGAUGCGCAGAUCAAGAAGGGCGAGGAGUUGUGCAGGAAGUAUGGGAUUGAGCCGCGGGAUCCGUUGUACUUGAACAGGACGAGCGCGGAGGCGAGCAAGUUGUAGACGUGGGCCUGGGUUUUUGGAUCUGUGAAUAGUGUUAAGGAUGUGUUUGAAGUA